UAAAGGGGAGUUACAACUUCCUGAAUGGAGUUCUACUGGCAGUUCUUCAUUCUUUGAAGUGGAGGCUGGUGAAGAAUGUGCUGACUGGACCUGAGACCCUGUUUCCUGGUGAAGCAGUUCUAAAAUCUCUUCCUUUGAACUGACGUGACCCAAACUGUUUGUCCCGAGUCAGAUCCAGCCCAUAGCAUGCUAUGAUUCCAGUCUUUCUGGAAAGAAUUAGCCUGACUGCUCCAGGAUCCCCUUUGGCUGAGCUCGGGCCGGCGGCGGCUGCAGUGACUCGGGAGGAGACUCUGGAGGUGGCUGCUGCGACUGAGAUGAAGCCCAGGAAAUCACUUCAGGAUUAAAGGCCAUAAAGGGAGAAAGAUGCUCUAGAGAAUGAUAUAUCAAACAUGUUAACUCCUGGACUGAAGUCUACAAAGAAACUCAACAUUGAAGUGAUGAUGGAAUAGCUUAUUUAUUAUUUGCCAACAGAAACUAUCAGAAGUUCAGAAACAGAAAAUAUUAAGCAAAUGUGGAUUGCUAACAGCUGGAAAAUCAGAGAAGUUCAUUUAUACUUAAUGGAUGGCUUAUAAUCUUCUCUUUCAUGGUUAAAUUCAGUAUAGAAAUUUCAACAUAAAAUUUAUUUUUUUCCAGUAGUUUUUGUAGUACAAAGAAAAUCACUUGUUAAAAGCUGAGCUAUGGUGUCGACACUUAGGAAUUAAAAUCUAGUUCUUUCUGGUGUUCCAGGCUUGAGAAGAAACCCAUUUUUUGUUUUGGAGAAACUCCAGACUAUGAAAAUGACAGAAUCAAAUGUGAAAAGGCUUGCCACGACACUGUUAGGUGCAAUCACAGACAAGGACCCUUUAGUGCAAGAGCAACUUUGCAAUUCUUUGUGUUAUCUUGGAGAAUCAAAAGCUGAAGAAACUCUUAAUGCCUGUGAUGAGUAUCUCCGGCAGCAUGAGAAGCUAGUAUAUCCAUACCGAGUCAUUAUCCUGAAGGCCAUGGAAACAAUUGUGAAGAAUAACAUAGAUGAGCUGGAUCGGUGCACAGCCAAGAUAGUUAUCAUUUUGGCCUCAAAUGAAAUGACCAAAUCUAAGGAAUUAAUCCUGGAUUGGCAGCAGGCUGCUAGCAGUGUCCUUGUUGCUGUGGGGAAACGGUUUAUCAACAGAGUGAUGGAGGAGGUUUUGACCAAAUUUCAGCCAGGGAUCCUGCCUCACUAUUUUGUCAUGCAGACAUUUGCAAACCUCUCUGUCACCAAUGUAUUUGGCAUGGUGCCCUUCUUGAAUUCCAUUCUGACAACCAUGUUACCGAUGCUGCACCUGGCUCGACAAGACCAGAUGAAGGCUGUAUUUUGUUUUGCUCUGCAGCACUUUAGUGACAGUAUCCUAGAAUACCUAGCCAACCUGGAUCAAGCCCCAGACCCCACAGUCCGGAAGGAUACAUUUUCCACUGAGAUCUUCAGUGCUUAUGAUGUCCUUUUCAACCAUUGGUUACAGAGCCGAGAAGGGAAGCUUCGACUGGCUGUAGUUCAGGCACUGGGGCCCAUGAGUCACCUAAUGCCCAGUGAGAAGCUAGAAGAACAAUUGCCCAGGCUCAUCCCAGGAAUCAUUGCCCUCUAUAAGAAGCAUUCCGAGACCUUUUAUGUGUCCAAGAGUCUUGGGCAGAUUCUUGAAGCUUCUGUGAAUAUGGGGAGCCGCACAUUGGAAGUUCAAGUUGAUAUGCUUCUGGCUGCUUUGCACCCUCAGAUUUGUGCCCCAGUGGAUUCAUUCAACCCCUUGGUCAUUAAGAAUCACAACGAAGUUCUACGUUGCUUCACAAUUCUGGCUUGCUCCUUUCCUGAUCGACUUUUGGCUUUCUUGCUUCCUAAGCUGGAAAACAGCAAUGAGAGAAUUCGAGUGGGGACCCUGCACAUCAUGAGGCAAGUCAUCAACUCAGCCUCUGUUCAGAUGGAGAUUAAGAAGCCAUUUAUUCUGUCUUCCAUGAAGUUUCCUCUGGUGGACACUAACAAUAAGGUGAAGCGGGCUGUGGUGCAGGUAAUCAGUGCAAUGGCCCAUCAUGGUUAUCUGGAACAGCCUGGGGGUGAGAUGAUGAUAGAAUAUAUCCUUCGGCAAUGUGCCCUGCCACCAGAACUAGGGCCAGAAGUCCAGUGGUGUCCUCAGCAAGGGUUCUACCAACGCAGCCUCCUCCAGGAAAGGAAGACUUCUCUGGAACCAAUCUCUCAAGAAGCCAGGAAAGGAAGGCCAGCUACUCACCCAUCCAGGGUGAAGUCCUCCAACACCAAAAUCCAAAGGAGAAGAUCCAGGAGCAGUUCUCAAGAAGCAAUCCAAGAGCCAAAGUCCCAGCUUGAAGUGAAGCCAAAGUCUGAAGUUAUCUUGGACAGGAAGUUCAGGACUUUUUAUAGUCCUUUCCCCACAUCACUUCCUUUCCUUUCCUCUGUGGGAACAAUUGAAGUCUUUCAAUUUGCCUAGCACUGCCCAGGGGGGCAGGGCAGUGUAGCAUCUGGAGUUGUCACCCACUUUAGGAAGUGACUUUCGAACACUCUUACUUCAUGUUAAGUAGGAGUGCCUAAGUUUUUGAGUGAUUAACUUUAAAAAUUGCUAAUUGAUAGUUUGAUUCACUCUUCACAGAGGAAAGAUAAUUCUGUUAUGGCUAUUUUGAGUUUUAGGUAUCUAUUGGACAUCCAGUUUGAGAUGUCUGAAAAGCAGUUGGAGAAGUGAGAUUGGAGGUCAGCAGAGAAAUUAAAAUUUUUUAAAAUUUAUUUAAUUUAGUUACAUGUAGAAACAAUUUUUCACAAUUGUUUUCGUAUUUUCUCCCUUCCCCUCUUCCCUGAGGCAGUAAAUAGUCUGAUAGAGAUUAUACCAAUACUUUCAUGCACUACAUAUUUCCAUAUUGCUCAUGCCAUGACAAAAGAUAUAUAUCACAUAUAUAAUAAAAAACUCAUGAAGGAAAUAUAUGGAAAUAAAAAUGGAAAAUGGUAUGUUUUAUCUUCAAUCAGAUUCCAACAGUUCCUUCUUUGGCUAUGGAUAGCAUUUAUAUCAUGAAUCUCUUGUGGUUAUUUUGGAGACUUGCUUUGCUGUUAAUGAUUUAGUCCUUCACAGUUGCUCAUCAUAAUUCUGUUACUGUAUACAUUGUUCUCCUUGUUCUGCUCACUUCACUUUGUAUCAGUUCAUAUAAGUCUCUCCAGGUUUUUCUGAACUCAUCCUGUUCAUCAUUUUUUAGGGUGCAGUAGGGUGCAACAUUACAUCCAUAUACCCCAACUUGUUCAUCCAUUUCCCAAGUGAUAGAUAACCCCUCAGUUUCCAAUUUUUUGUCACUAAAGAAGGAGCUGCUAGUUUUUUUUUUUUGUUUUGUUUAGGUAAGUUCUUUCCCCUUAUUUCAUCUCUUUGGAACAUAGACCUAGCAGUAGCAUUGCUGAAUCAAAGGGUAUGCAUAAUUUUGUGGCCCUUUAAGAGUAGUUCCAUAUUGCUCUCCAGAAUGGUUGCAUCAGUUCACAGUUCUACCAGCAGUGUAUUAGUGUCCCAAUUUUUCCACAUCACCUCCAAUAUUUAUCAUUUUCCUUUUUGGCCACAGUAAGCAAACCUGGUAGAUAUGAGUGUGGUUUCUCAGAGUUGUUUUAAUAUGCAUUUCCCUAAUCAAAUAGUAAUUUGGAGCAUUUUUUUUUAUAUAGCCAUAAUCAUUUUUAUUUUUCUCUGAAAAUUGCCUGUUCACAUCUUUUGACCAUUUUUCUACUGGGGAGUGCUUUGUAUUCUUAUAAAUUUGACUCUGUUUUCCACAUAUUUGAAAAAUGAGGCCUUUGUCAAAGACAUUUGCUAUAAAGGUUUUUUUUUUUUGUAAUUUAUUGUUUCCCUUCUAGUCUUGGUUGCAUUGGUUUUGUUUGUACAAUGUAAUGUACAGAUGUACAUUAAUGUAAUCAAAGAUAUCCAUUUCAUUUUUCAUAACAUUCUCUAUGUCUUGUUUGGUUAUAAAUUCUUCCCUAAGUCUGACAGGUAAACUUUCCCAUGUUCUCCUAAUCUGUUUAUGGUGUCGCCCUUUCUUUCUAGGUCAAGUAUCUACUUUGACUCUAUCAUGGUAUAUGGAGUGAUAUGUCAAGGACCCAAUCAGGAUAGUUGAAUGAAAUGUUGUCUAUGCCUGGUUUCUGCCAUGCUAUUUACUCAGCAGAGAAAUUCAGGCAGGAAAGGUAGAUUUGAGAAUCAUCAGCAUAGAGAGAAGAUGGUAAUUAAAUUUAUGGGAGCUGAUGAAAUUGCCAAGUGAAAUAAUAUAGAGGGAAAAGAGAAGAGAGCCCAGGAUAGAGUAUUGAGGGAUAUGAUCUGGAAGAGGAUCUGGCAAAGGAAACAUAAAAAGAGAGGAAUCGGGAGAGAGUGGCAUCCCAAAAACCUAGAAAAUAUCAAGAAGAAAAGAGUAAUCAGCAGUGUCACAGUCAGCAAAGAGUUCAGAGAGAGUGAGGAUUGAGAAAAGGUCAUUGGAUUUGGCGAUUUAGAGAUCCUUAAUAGCUUUGGAACAAGCAGUUUCAGUGGAAUGAUGAGGUCAGAAACUACAUUACGGAGUUAAGAAGAGAGUGAAAGGAAAGAAAUUGGAGUCACCAAAGGCAGAUGGCCUUUUGGAAGAAUUUAGCUAAAAGGGUGAUAAUUAUCUGGGACUGAAGGAUCAAGUAUAAUUUUUUUCAGAGUAGCAGAGACACGAACCUUUUUGUAGGCAGUAGGCAAAGGAGAUAGAAAAUAAGUGAAAGAGUGGGAAAGCAAUCUGUUGGAGUAGAUGGAAUAGAAUGGAAUCAUUUGAACAGGUAGAGGGGUUAUCCUUUGUGAAGUGUAAGGUCACUUCAUGUGAGACAAGUGAAGGAAGAGUGAGUGGCAAAAAGCAUCUGAGUGAUAGAUGAAUAAGAGGGGAGAAGAGGGAGUUCUUUUCUGUAAAAUAUAAGGCCAAAUUCUCAUCAGAGAGUGGGAGGAGGUAGACUCAUGAGAGAUCUGAGGAAAGAUAAAAGCUGUUCUGGAGAGUGGGAAAGGAAGUUGAUAAGGGAGGUGUUUAUCAGAUUUGCCUUGCAGCAGCAGUGAGGGCCCAGUUGAGGUUGUGUAACAAAAAUUUGUCAUGGAUGUAAUCAAGACAGUUUUUCUCCCUCUUCAUUCAGCAGCACAUAUAUAGGAGUGAAACUGACAAAUAGUGGUGUAUGAGUACAUUUUUCAAGACCAUGUAGUCCUUCACAUGAGAAGUUGUAGUUCAUAUUAACAGUAGCAUGUUCAUCUAUUGGUUCAUGGGAGGGUAACUGAAAAAAGGAACAAAAUAUACUCCAUUUUGCCAGUUCUUUUAAAAAAUCUUUUAUGUUCUAAAUCCCUCCUGAUUAGAGAAAUGCAAAUCAAAACAACUCUGAGGUACCACCUUACACCUAGCAGAGUGGCCAAUAUGACAGUAAAGAAAAAUAAUAAAUGUUGGAAGGGAUGUGGUUGUGAAUUGAUCCAACCAUUCUAGAAAUCAAUUUGUAAUUAUGCCCAAAGGGCUUUAAAAGAAUGUAUGCCCUUCGAUCCAGCAAUACUACUACUGGGUUUGUAUCCCAAAAAAAUGUUUUUUAAAUGGGAAAGGUUCUGUUUGUAUAAAAAUAUGUAUAACUGUGCUUUUUGUGGUGGCAAAAAAUUGAAAAAUGUAGGGAUGUCACUCGAUCAACUGAACAAAUUGUGUUAUAUGAUGGUGAUGGAAUACUGUUUUGCUAUAAGAAAUAAUGAAAUGAUUGAUUUCUAUAAGAACUGGAAGCACCUACAUGAACUGAUACGGAAUGAAAUUAAGUAGAACCAGUAGAACAUUAUACACAGUAACUUAAAUGUGUGAAUGAUCAAAUGCAAUAGACUUUGCUACUAAAAGAAAUGCAUUGAUCCGGGACAAUGCUGAGAGACUUAUGAGAAAGAAUAUUAUCCAUAUCUACAGAAACGACUGUGAGAGUAGUAAUCCAGAAGAAAACAUAUUAUUUAUCACUUGUUUAUGUGGGUAUAUGAUUUGGGAAUUUGGUUUUAAAAGAUUAUUAUAAAAAUUAAUAAUAUGGAAAUAGGAUUUGGGUGAUACUAUAUGUAUAACUCAGUUAAAUUGCUUGCCAACUCUGGGAGUGGGGAGGGAAGAGAGGAGGGAGACAAGAAUCAUGUGAUCAUGGAAAAAAUUUUAAAAAUAAAGUAAAAUUGUCCUUUAAAAAAUAAAUGAAAAUAAAGACAUUUUUAUUAAAUAGUAUAUGUAUAGUAAAUAAACACUAAUCUCCAUGUAAAAACAAAGUGCUGCCCAGUAUUGCAUGAUUAAAAUAAAAAAAAAUAUACUCCA